AUGGUGUUUUCAUCUCCUCUUGAAGGCUAUUGGCCAUUUGGACCGUCAACUUGCAAUGUCUGGGUUACUUGUGACGUUCUCGGUUGCACAUCAUCUAUCAUCCACAUGUGUUUUAUUUCUCUUGGCCGCUACUUAGGAAUACGAAACCCGCUAAAAACUCACAGAAGAUCAAAAAAGGUGGCACUCACGAAGAUUAUGAUUGUCUGGCUAGUAUCCAUGGCAAUAACAAGCCCAAUAACAGUUCUGGGGAUCAUUGACACAGAAAAUAUACAACCAAAUACUCAGGUGUGUGCCAUUAAUAACAGAUUUUUUUUCAUUUUUGGGUCUUUGUCUGCCUUUUAUAUCCCCAUGAUCGUCAUGGUGACAUCCUAUGUCCUUACAGUUCGUCUGCUACAACAGAAGGCCAAAUUUUGCGCAGACAAACCCAGUCGGAGAGUUCCCUUCAUUCGGCGAUCUGAAAGGUACUUGUUACAACACAGUACAAGAAGUAGAACAACAAGCAUAGAGUGUAGCAAGUGUGACAGAUGUGGCUCUUCUCAGUCUCAAGAUAAGAGUGACGAAAACACAUUUCAUGAUGACCAUCAGAGAGAGCGGUGUGAGAAUUAUGAUAAUUUGCAAAAUUCCCUGAAAAAGCAGCCCCACAUAAAAUUUAAAGUAAUCAGUGGCAUGAUCUGUAUUCUGGGUUCCAGAUCUCAUGUAAUGAACGAACAAAAGGCGACCAAAGUUCUUGGGAUAGUAUUUUUCUGUUUUGUCAUCUGUUGGACUCCUUUCUUUACUUUGAAUAUCUUAUUUCCAAUAAUGGAUCCAACGACCUUUUCUGACUACCUAACAACUACUUUUCUAUGGUUGGGCUACGUGUCAUCCACCAUUAAUCCUAUCAUUUACACCAUUUUUAACAAGACGUUCAGAAGAGCUUUUUGGCGACUUCUCUCUUGCACAUGUUGUUUAACUAACAUUAGAUCUCCCAUCAAUGAAAUGGUCAUGUGGCCAACAAGCUCUAAACGUUUUGCUAACGUAGCUCACUCCCCCCCGCCUAACCAUACAGGAUCAAUGUAAAGACUGUUGGUAUGAUGUUAUAAAGCCAUAAGUCUAAUAUGUUAAUACUGAUUAAGUAUUUAUCAAUUAACUACUUGAGACUUGUUAUCUGUUUACAUAAAAAAAACCUCAAAACUUGAGUAAUUAUGAAGCCAAAAUGUACCGUUUUUCCCCUAAAUUAAAAAGGGUAUAAAAGUCAAUUGGCGACUACCUAGAUAUAAACAGAGACAUAUAAGAGAAACAAAUAUUUUGUCAAAACUCAGAAAUGAAGUAAGUGUAGAAGUGUACAUGUUGUUAGAAAUAUAAUGUCACAGUGAAAAAUAAAAAAAAAGAUCUGAUACAAUAGACUUUAAUCAAAUAUUCUGUUCUUGUGUGUUUUAAUAACAAGGUAUUGUUAAAUGUAUCAUGUUUAUAUAUACCUUUUGUUGUACACCUUAAUACGUGUAGAUGUGGUUUACUGAGAAAUUAAAACAGAAGAAUUGUAUAAACGCAGAAUGGACAAAGUUUUCUUGUUAUUUGAAUAUGUGAGGAGACAAAACACGUAAAGUAAACCAAUGUACAGUCAUGAAAAAGAUACAUCUUAUAUUCUUAGGAUAAUAAAGUAAGUAUCUAUGUCUGAAGCCACUAGUAAGCGAUAAAUAAAAGCGUUUUGCGAUUUUGUAUUUUGAAUUAUGACCUAAGGUUAAAGUAUUGAAAGUGAAUUUUUGUUAACACAACCAUAAGUUAAAAAAUAACACUUGAUUUACUAUCAAACAGCAAACAAUGUUUAUUUUGUAUUUUUUGAUUCUUUGUUGAAAAAAUGUUAUUCUCAAUUUCUUUCCUCGUUAUUACUGAGAAGCAGGAAAAUGAUAUCUGGAAAUGGAGAGAAAAUGAAACUUUAGU